AUGGACGCGUGCAGCCCGGAGUUGAAGGACCUGGAGACCAAAUUGGGUCGCAAAGUUCCCGAAAGUCUCGUUCGCUCGCUCGCGGGAGGCAAGCACGACAAGGUGACACCGCCGGCGGCGGCGCGUCCCGGGCGCUGUUCGGCGGACUUUGAGCGGCUGGAGGGCAAAAUGAUUUUCCUCAAACAAGAAAUGGCGAACCUGCGCGCCAUCGACGUGAAGCUGAUGCAGCAGCUCCUAUCCAUCAACGAGGGCAUCGAGUCCAUCCGCUGGGCCAUGGACGACAAAGGCGACGCGGCCAGCCAAGACGGCAGCCUGACCAGUAGCUUGUACAGCCUGUCGGACAGCCGGGACGACGGCUCUCUUCCGGGCAGCCUCACCAGCCUGAACGACGACGAGUUGGACGCGCUGUCCGUAGGCAGCUACCUGGACACGUUGGAGGACCUUCCGGAAGACCCAUCUCCUACAAACUGCUUUUUGGAUCAAUCCGCGCCGGACCUCAGUAAACCUGCGGCCAAGCUGCGAAUGGAAACGGACGAAUACUACUGCUUUGGAUAA